AUGCUCUCUUGUUUCGCUUUUUGGAAGCUGAUGGCAAUGAAGGGGUGUCUGAGCUUGGGAUGGUGGCUUCUGCGGCAUUUUCCAACCAAAGAAUGGGGAGAUUCUUCCCAUAUGGGCGACUCCGUUUUUGGAGCCUGCGGUGAGGUAGAAACGGGAGGCUUUGCAAGUUUGUAUCUCCUCGGCAUGGGCAUACCAAUAAGGGUGGACACCAAACGAGGUGAGCUGGAACGAUUGCUCGGUCGUGUUGCAGCGGGGAAUAAAGCCAGGGCGCUGAAGCUUCAAAAGCGGUUAUUCUGUGGGGUGGCGUGGAAAACGGGGGUGUGCAGAGGGUUGCGACAACUACCAACAAUUCCGCCGGUUGAGGCCGUUUACGCCCGUCCAAUGGCAGUAGACGAUACACAGAGAUUUGAUUGCUAUUCUGGGGAUGUCCCACAACAUAGAGCAAGAUCUAAGUCUCUGUGCGCGAGUGAGGAGCAGGGCAAACGAAAUGUGGGAACGAGGCGGUUCGUAGAGGUUGUGCCUGUGAAGGGGGCCGUACGGGAUCGGAGUGUGAGAUCGGCCUUUGCAGCGCGUUGCCUGGACGAAGGAAACGACAACGAGACGCCAGCGGUGCAAGGGUGCAGCCUCCAGCCCUCCUUAGUCGGGUAUCUCUACAAAAAGGCUAUGGAACUGCACGGGACGUCAAAAGCAAUCACCGUUCCACACAGACGACGUAGCUCCAUUGGCUGAAGAGCGUGCUUCGACCGCGACGCGCCAGCGACACACUAAGCACCUCCGGUCGUCUUCAGUUAGCUGCGACGAGAGGAUCCUUCAGUGAUAUCUGUAGGGCGAUUGAGGGCGAAUGCAGGGUGUGUUGUGAGGGGUGUCGAUACAGGCAGAAGGUUUGACGAGAGUGCCCUUACCGGCGAGAGGCCUGGCACGGGUAAUAAGCCCAACGAUAACCAACAGGGACGAAUGAGUUUGCGCGUGAUGGCCUUGAGUAAUGUGGAAAGGAAAUGGGGUGCUGCGCAGAUUAGAUGCGAUUUCACAAAACGUGAACGACGGAUUUUGUGCCCACCGGAUAUGACCCCUAAUACCUAUUGUAAUGGAUAGGACGCCGAGCCCAAACCAGUGAUCAAAAGCCUAUCUACAGGGAAACAU